ACGUACUAUUGCUAUGUUAAUUGGUUCCUUUUGUUUUUGUUUCUUAGUUUUUGAACUGUGGAGUUAUAAUGUUAAAUUGUUUGUUGUCAUGUAAUUGGAUUCUACCAUAAAUUCACGGAGAUGCAUUGAGCAAUCCAAUAAGCCAUAAGGAUGAGGAUAUUUUAAAAGGUGAAGAUGUGAAAAAUCAAAAGGAAUUGUACUGCUUACUAAUAGCUAAAGAGAUUGUGUUCUGCUGUUCAUUGUUCUGUUGGAUUUUGUGUUUUGUUAUACCUUAUUAAACCAUUUGAUAGGGUUUUGACCUAAAAUUGUAGCUCUGUUUGGGGUUGAGUGGUUGUUGGAUGAUACAUAGUAUUAAAAUGCCUUUCAGAUUUGGAGGAUCAAUGUUCAAAACUUCUAUAAUCACUUAUAUUGAUUUAAGUUGACUACUAGGAUAAACAUAUUCCUUGAGAAUAUGACACCUCAAUUCAUACCUAAUAGUCUAAUACCACACUAAACUUGUGCACUUGGAGUAAUUGAAAAUCACGCAGGCAUGGCGAACAGCAAGUAUGAGUAUGUGAAGUCAUUUGAAGUUGAAGACGAAGUCAUGGUACCCAACAUCAUAGUUGUGCGCGUAGAUGGCCGUGAUUUUGGAAGGUUUUCAGAAGCUCAUGAGUUUGACAAGCCGUAUGAUGCAAAGGCCUUGCACUUGAUGAAUGCUUGCAGUACUACAAUCCUGGAGGAGUUUCCAGAUAUCGCAUUUGCAUAUGGAUUCAGUGAUGAGUUUAGUUUUGUAUUCAAGAAAGAAACCAAAUUUUACCAGAGACGAGCCAGCAAAAUAUACUCCCUUAUUGUGUCUUUUUUCACGUCUGUAUUUGUCACCAAAUGGAAGGACUUUUUUCCUCAACUGGAACUAAGGAUUCCUCCUUCAUUUAAAUCAUGCGUCAUUCGUUGUGCAUCAAUGGAGGUUCUUCAAGCAUAUCUCACCUGGAGACAAAAUGAGUGUCACAUAAAAAAUCUGUAUGCUACUUGUUUUUGGGAGCUUGUAAAAUGUGGAAAGCCUGAAAUAGAGGCUAAAUUGAUUCUGAAGGGAACUCAAAAACAGGAGAAAAAUGAACUUCUUUUUCAACAGUUUGGUAUUAACUACAAAAAAGAUGUUCAGGAGAUAUUUCGUCAGGGAUCAUGUGCUCUUAGGAAAGAGAUUGAAGAUAUUGUGAAGUACCAGGAAGAUGGCACUCCUGUUAGGAGGAGGAGGAAGAAAGUAAUUAUUGUGCAUUCUGAAAAUAUAACAGCUAGAAGCUUCUGGAAUGAUCAGCAAUCUCUUAGUAAAGAUGUGGGUUCUUUUGGAGAAUGCAUUGAAAAUAUUAAACCUGAGUAUAUCAAGUCUUUCCAAUUUGAAAGCAGACUGAUGCCAUCUACUUGGAUUGUCAUUCGAAUUGAUGGUUGCCACUUCCAUAGGUUUUGUGAUGCUCAUGGUUUUGACAAACCAAAUGAUGUGCAAGCGUUGAACCUUAUGAAUUCUUGCGCAGUUUCUGUGGUGGAGGAGUUUAAAGAUAUUGUCUUCGCAUAUGGGGUGAGCGAUGAAUACAGCUUUGUUCUGAAGAAAGACUCUUUGCUCUAUGAAAGGCAUGCCAGUGAAAUAGUCUCUGCCAUUGUCUCUCUCUUCUCUUGCAUAUAUAUGAUGAAGUGGAAGGAGUUUUUCCCCCAAAAAGACUUGAAGUAUCCACCGUACUUUGAUGGACGAUCUGUUUGCUAUCCUUCCUCUAAGAUUCUCCGAGAUUAUUUGACUUGGAGACAAGUUGACUGCCACAUUAAUAAUCAGUACAAUACUUGUUUCUGGAUGCUCGUCAAAUCUGGCAAGAGCAAAACUGAGUCUCAAAACUGCCUUAAGGGCACUCAAACGCGAGAAAAAAAUGAAAUGCUUUCCCAAUUUGGGAUUGAUUACCACAAUUUACCAGCCAUUUUUCGUCAGGGGUCCUCUGUUUUCUGGGACAAGGAGGAAACAAAAUCAGACUACAGUACCGAAGGUGCAAUAGAGAAAUGUCGCAAGAAAGUCGUGGUUGAGCAUUGCAAUAUAAUCGAUACAAGCUUUUGGAAAGCACACCCAACAAUACUUGAAGAGGAUACCCACUGUGUUCAAGCACUACGUACCUCAACUUGUAGCUAAUGCAGCUUUUGAUACUUGUAGUGAAGUAGAUCAAUAUUUUAUUAUGGAUCUUGAUUCCUGUACCUAUCCAAAAGCAUUUUUUUUGUUUUCUUUUCUGUGCAUUUUCUUUAAAAUGAAGUAAAGGUGGUGAAUUUAGAAUCUAAAUCUCAUUGAUUAUUAAAUAACAUUUGGCUUUGUUUGGCAA